AUGGCGCGCGAUAAGAAGCCGUCGUCGCGGCGAUGCCCGUACGACGUCUUAAGCCUCCCCGCGAAGGCGCGCGCGACGGGCGAGGAGAUCCGCAAGGCGUACCAUCGACUCGCGCGCGUGCAUCACCCCGACAAGGCGCGCACGGACGAAGAGCGCGAGCGCGCGACGAUCGCGUUCAAAGAGAUCGGCGCCGCGUACGAGCUCCUGAGCGACCCCGCGGCGCGCGCGAGGUACGACCGCGAGGGCCACGCCCCGGAGCCGAUGGACCCGAGAGAGGCGGAGGCGGAGGAGCGACACGCGCGACGGAUGUUCUGCGCGGCGUUGGGCAUCCCGGAGACGGUCGUCCGCGAGUGCUGGUGCACGCUCGAGGAGCUGUACUCCGGGACGACGCGGAGGGAGGGCGUGAUGGUCGCGACGCUGACGUCAAUCGACAGGGGGUGCGUCCCGGGGAAAGAGGCCAAGGUGUUCAACGUGCGGAUAGCGCCCGGAUGGAGAGACGGGCACGAGAUUCGGUUCGGCGCGCUCCGCACGAACAAUCUGCAGAGCGUGACGUUCGUCGUGCGGGAGUUGCGGCACGCGCGCUUCACGCGCGGCGCGCCGCGCGAGGUGCGCGACGCGGCGAGAAGAGACGCGGCCGCGGCGCAUGGAGGCGAAGAAGAGAGCGACAGACACGCGCUGGACGUCACGGUGUGGUGCGCGUUGACGCGGCAGGUGCGUUCUUCUAUACAAAAGUUUUUCACCCACCGCUCGGUUUCAACACUUGAUCGCGUCCCCUUUCAACUGACCGGUGAACAUUUUUUUUGUGUAUGGAAUGGCCCUCAGGAGCACGCGCGCGGCGCCGUGGUCGCGAUUCCCACGCUGACGCCCGGCCGCGAGCUGAAGCUCUCCGUCAAGCCCGGCAGCGCGGUGGUCGCGUCCGGGGGAACGAAGACGAUGCGAGGCGAGGGGUUCGUGCUUCAUCAUCACGCGCAGCACCACCCCGGCGGGGGCGGGGCCGGAGUCACGGCGCGGCGCGGGGACUUGCACGUGCGGUUUCGCGUCAUGAACGCGCUCGAACAGUGGCUCAAGGCGGACGCGGCGCGGAUGCGCGCGGCGCGUCGAGCGGGGUACGUCGCGGGGGGCGUCGUCGCGGCGUACGCGACGCUGCGGGCGCUCGCGUGGGUCGUGGAGGUGCGUUCUCCUUACACUGGUUCCCAUACGGCCGCGUCGGCGUGGUGA